AUGGACGUGACUGCUGCUGACUAUAUUGACGUGGGUGACGGAUACUUCGCCCGACAUCGGGCCUGUAGUCGUGUCUCAGCCCAUCAUGUUGUUGUAGAACAGCGCGUAGAUAUUCAUAUACAGGUGUCGUUGAACCGAUUCAGGGCCGUGGAGCGAAAAACUGGCCACGAGUUUUAUAAAUUUAUAAAUAUGGUUCAGUGUUGGGUUCCUUUAUGUUCCCAUAUUUCUAAUAGAGAAGACUGUAAGUUUUUUAGGUUCCCUGCAAAUGAUGCACUACGCAAUAAUUGGGCCAAAGCAGUAAGAAGAUCAGAUGCUAUACCCACAAAAAACACAAAAAUUUGCAAUUGUCAUUUUAAGGAAGGUUUAAAAAUCAAUGGUCCUAGUAUUUUUUCGUGGAAUAAAAAUUCACAUUUUAAUUUUGCUUCUCCAGAAAAAUGCACAAAGUAUGCUAGUGGACCAAUGGGGCGCCAAAAAGUACUUGUUGAGACUGAAAACGAUAUUGAUAAUGGUGAAUCUAUGAACACUAAACUUAAUUGUGAAAUUGAAACUGUGAGUAUGCCCAAUGAAGAAGAAGCUUCCAAAUCCAAUGGCAAAAUGUUUGAUUUUUAUUGUGGCAUUAGUAAAUUUAUGUUUGAUCUUAUUAUUGAAUUGGUUUCUAAAGUUGAAAUCAAUUAUUAUUAUACUUGGAGUGUGAAGAAGUUAUGUUUAAAUGACCAAGUUCUUAUGACUCUGAUGAAAUUAAGAUUAAACUUAUGUUAUACAGACUUAGCAUUCAGAUUUGGUAUUAGUGAAUCUACAGUUGGCAAUAUUAUAAUAACUUUCAUUAGUGUUCUUCAUGAAAUUUUAUUUGUCAGCUUAAUGAGUAAAGUACCAUCUCAAAAUAAAAACCAAAACUGUUUACCUAAUUGCUUCAAUGAUUUUAAAAACUGUAGGAUUACUUUAGACUGCACUGAAAUAUCCUGUGAUAUUCCAAACUCAUUAGUUGAUCAGAAAUUGACUUACAGCUCAUAUAAACAUAGAAAUACCCUCAAAGGACUUGUUGGAGUGGCUCCUAAUGGUGUAAUUACUUAUGCUAGUAAGUUGUACCCAGGAUCUACUUCAGACAAAAAAAUUGUAAGUCAUUGUGGGGUCUUAGAAAUAUUACAACCAGGUGACUUAGUUUUAGCCGACAAAGGAUUUUUAAUAUCUGACAUUUUGCCUCAUGGAACUUCUUUGAACAUUCCUCCGUUUUUAAUGACUCCACAAUUUACGCCCAGUGAAGUUAUUCGUACAAAAAACAUAGCUAGGGCCCGAAUACACGUAGAAAGAGUUAUGGCAUCAUCUUUAAAAACUUUUAAGGCUACCAAAGAUUUAGGUGUCCAAACAAUAAGAAUAGUAGAUGUUGUUUUUGUCAUAUACAUUUGUGCUUGA